AUGUCGCCCCGUGGGAGCAAGUGCGCGACGCGGGUCGGCCAGAGGCCGACCGCGAAGGGAAGGCGCGGGCCUAAUCAUCAUCAUCAGCAUCAGCAUCAGCAUCAGCGGGAUCAGCAGCAUAGGAGGCAGGAGGCGGAGGGGGCCGAGGAGGGGACCGAGGAGGGCGGCAACAAGGAGAAGAAGAGCGUCGAGGGUGGCGAAUCGGUCGAAGGAGGUAGCAGUACGACGACGACGACGACGACGACGAGAACGAGUAAGUCUGCGGCGGCAGCGUGCGAGGGUCGAUCGUCGUGGGCGGGGCGCAUGCGCCAACCCCUGGAGAGCGGCCUCGAGCCCCGUGAAAACGGCACCCUGAUGCAACAACGAUGGCCGACGAGCAGGCAACGCCGCCGCGAUCGGAUCGACGAGGACGAUACGAGGCGACGAGGUGACGGGACGGUGUCCUCGUCCAUCGCCUCCUCGCUCUCCUCGCCUGCCCUGUCCUACUCCACGGACGAGGCCUCAAGAGGAUCGACCUCGACCGUAUCCUCGCCCGCGCGCUCCACCUCGUCGACCUCUACCGGCGCGAUCUCGCGGCAAGACGAGAACGGCAAGGACGGGAAGGAGGAGGAGGAGGAGGAGGAGGAGAACGAUCGAAGGGAGGAAGACACGGCCGGGAAGGAUAACUGCCCGUCCGGGAACGAGGUGCAUCAGGAUAGAAUUAGAAAGAGGAAACAGGAGAGGCAGUGGUCAACGAGAGGACGGGGCGUCGUUGUGAGCACGGAGAAAUCGGCGUCUACUUUGCCAUCCAACAACUGUAUUCCCACCUCGGCCAUCUCCUCCCCCUCGCCGUUCUCCACCUCCGACAAGGCGAGCCCCGAACAGGCCAAUCCAAGAGUUUGCCCGGCCGUCUCCCACUCGUCCGUUCUCGAGAGCCUGAGGAACGCUCUGGAAAGCUACGACCGAAGCAGAAUCUACCUCGCACAUGUGUCCUUUCUGGAUUGGCGGGACCUGCCCGGACGACGCCGCGCCACCGCAGCAGCUGGCGACGCCGAGAGGGUGUGGGUGGUGGGGGCGGCUGAUCACGAGGGCCACCACAGGACGCGGUUGCUGGUAACGGGCCGCCAUUGGCGGCCACGUUGCCUUAGACGGGUGAACAUGCUCAGCCAGCCGGUGAUCUACGCCGGCGGUGGCAGGGGUUCCCUGACCGUGGACCUGUUCCUCUGGUGGUUCCACCGAGAAUUCGCGGUCACCGCGAUGGCGAUGCACCCCGACGGCGCCGUGUUGGUCGCCGAGACAGCCGAUUACUUGCCGCCCGAGGCCGACUGCGUCGCCGCCGACGGAUUGGUCCGAUUGUUCGUCGUGCCCAAGGAUUGCCUCGAGACGAGGAUCGUGGUGAGGGAGUUGAGGGCGAGGCUCGCUACCGGCGUCCUCACGAGAGCCUGUUACGGCGUCUAUCGCAACGCAUCCUCGAAUCCCCCCCUUGGAAAGGAGGCCGACCCCCUCGCCGCCUAUCUCAGAAGAUUCACGCUGAAGGAGGCGUUCGCCGAUCUUCACCGCGCCUGGCUCAGCGUCAGAUCGGAAACGUUCGCGAGGAGUUGGAUCCUGCCGCGCGAUCGCGACGAAGCGAUCGGCCGCUCGGCCAACGCGGCAGGCGGGCUCGUAGGCUUCUCGUCCCGCGUCCACGCGGGCUCGAGCGAGGCGCAGGAGGAGGACAGGAUGCUGUUGAUAGAGUUGCAGAACGUGGCUAGGGAGGCGGGUGUUCGGGUCAGCGACGAGGAGUUGAGCAAGUGGAUCCUCGAGGAUGAGUCGUCGUCGUCGUGGUGCGUCGAAAGGAAGAAGGAGCAUCGUCACGAGGAGGAGGCACGUUGCCGCGUGAAGAUCGAGGCGGAGGAGAAGUGGGCCGAUUACGAGGGCGCGGGGAAGCAACAAGGGACGGACGGCGAGGAGGAGGAGGAGGGGGAGAAGGAGGAGGAGGAGGACGAGCCCACCGCGGAAGAGACUGUCGGUCUGCUGUCGAGGGUGCUGACUUGGAUGGAAAGGGAGCCUCUCGAUCCAGGACUGUUACUCGCUGUCAGAUCGAUGCGCGAUACCGCCGCACUCAUGGCGAGCAAGAUGGGCCUGGCGGGGACCCAUCCGAGCGGUUUGCCCUUCUUUUGCCCCAAUGGGGACCACCUGACUCAGCCACCGCCUGCUCAUAUGGGAAUUCCACCGUACGGGACGCUGGAUGCGGGUAAAGCAGCCGCAGCGGCAGGCUUGACAAGAGCGCCGAUGUAUCCCUUCUCCACGGGUCAAUAUCCGUACCCCAUGCUUAGCCCGGAAAUGACGCAAGUCGCCGCUUCCUGGCACACACCGAGCAUGUACCCCAUUUCCCCGGCAAGCACUGGUUUCCGAAGUCCGUAUCCCACGAGUUUGCCCAUCACAAGUUCUAGUUUACCAAGUGAUCUCUACCGGUUUUCGCCGACGGGCCUGAUGCCUCCGCAUCCUGGAUUAAGUCCGCACGCACACGCGUUGGCGUCCCACGCACUGGUGUCCUCGGCGCCGAAGACGGAUCAUUCCACCCUGGAUCACAAUCACAGGUCCACGGUGGAGCAGAAGAAUUCCACGUCGUUACCGUCGGACAACGCGAAAGCGCAGGACACAGGGCAGCAGAACAAUCAAGAUAAAAAGAAACCCCAUAUAAAAAAGCCUUUGAACGCGUUCAUGCUGUACAUGAAGGAGAUGAGGGCGAAGGUCGUCGCUGAGUGUACCUUAAAAGAGAGCGCAGCGAUCAACCAAAUAUUGGGAAGACGAUGGCACUCGCUAAGCCGGGAGGAGCAGGCGCGGUAUUAUGAGGCGGCCAGGCAGGAGCGCCAUCUCCAUCAGCAACGAUACCCCGGCUGGAGUGCCAGGGAUAACUACGGAUACGGCAGCAAGAAGAAGAAGAGGAAGAAAGAACGGUCCGCAGAUCCCACCGGAGGUAACAACAUGAAGAAGUGUCGCGCAAGGUACGGAUUAGACCAGCAAAGCCAAUGGUGCAAGCCGUGCAGACGUAAGAAGAAAUGUAUCAGAUACAUGGGGGAGGGAGGAGAGGGCGACGGCGAAGCGGAUGGCGAAGGCGACGACGAUCACUCGGAGGACAACCUCGGCAGUGUGGGGGAGGCAGGAACUCCUGAGGAGGACGAGUCUCUGAGCAGCCCCGGGGGCCUGUCCGCGUUGUCUAGUCUGGCCAGCCCCUCACUGGUGUUACAGUCGCCCUCGAGCCUGGCCAGCCCGUGCCCCUGCCCCCUGACGCCCCCGGUGCCGCCUCCGCCCCUGCCCAACCCCACGAGCCAGCCGCACAAUCAGCCGGUGCAACCGCCGCCCCCGCAUCGUAACCCGGUCGGCACCAAUCCCCACGAUAUCAACAACCCCCUUAGCGUGAACCAACUGACCGGCCAGUGUAUAAAGAGUGAAGUGGUGUCGGCCCCCUCGGGCACGUCCAACCCGGCGAUCAGUGUUACGUAGCCCCGGCCGGAACCACGUGACAAGACUGUUGCUGCCACCUUGCGUGUAGCCGACAACAGGGUCCGUGCACGUGUUGAACAGACGACGAGGUGCUGGAUCGUUCGGACGAUUAUCCAUGUCGCGAUUAUCCGGCAGGCCGUUAAAAGCGUGGAGGACGGCCGCAAUCCGUGGCGGC